AUGUUUGUGAGUCGACCAUUGUCCGUCUGGUCCGGUCUGUUUUGAGGUCUCUUCGACGAGCCGAAGCAGUGGCACUUCUGGAAUUGUUCACUGCGGAUACAAUUUCUCGUGAACAAUAGUAGUUGAUACAACACGGCGACUGAUGAAGGUGAUGCAGGCGAAAGCGAUCAGUGAAAAGACUGCUCCCACCGUCAGCAGAAUAUUCAGACGUUCUCUACUGAAUUGAAACGACAACAAGUUCGCUUCUCUUAUCUUUCGUAGCAGAGCUGUCGACGGCGGCGGAACACAUCGAAGGCCACAACAGGAAAACCUUUCCGGACACGAGAAGUGGAUGGCCGAAACCUGUUUGCCUCCGAUCAUUUUCUUGUGAAACAGUGCAUCAUAGAAGGACAGAUAAUAAGUACAUUUUGGCGCAGAAGAGUUGUCACUUUGCUGUAUCGAGUAGGUGAUGUCGUUGAAAGUAUAUGUACUUGA